AAAGAAGGUUGACAAAAUGUCUGCGCCCAUUAGAAAUAGAUGUUUUUAAAGAUUAUAAGUUUAUAUGAAUCAAAAUGAAAAGCUGGUGUCAGACUUUUAUGAAACAUUGCAUACUGAGAGACCAAUUGUUUAACACGUCUAAACUUAAUCUAAGCAGGAGGUUGGUUUUUGGUAGAUAUAGUUCAACCAAUAGAGAUCCAAGUGACAACAGUGGUGAUAGAAAGGUGAGAAAAGAUCUAUCUGAAUACCCAACAGAGAGAAUACGGAAUUUUAGUAUAAUAGCUCAUGUAGAUCAUGGUAAAAGCACACUAGCUGACAGACUUCUAGAAAUCACAGGCACCAUUCCUAAAGAUGAUAAAAAUAAACAGGUUCUAGAUAAGUUACAAGUAGAAAGAGAAAGAGGUAUUACAGUUAAAGCACAAACUGCAUCCUUGUUAUAUAAUUAUAAAGAAGAGGAAUAUUUAUUAAAUCUUGUUGAUACACCAGGUCAUGUAGAUUUUAAUUAUGAAGUAGCUAGAUCAUUAUCAGCUUGUCAAGGUGUUAUAUUGUUAGUUGAUGCCAAUCAGGGUGUACAAGCUCAAACUGUAGCCAAUUUCUAUCUAGCAUUUGAGAAAGAUUUAACUAUCAUACCAGUAUUAAAUAAAAUAGAUUUACCUGGUGCUCAACCUGAUGUAGUCAUUCAACAAAUUAAAUCUUUAUUUGAUAUAGAAGAUAAAGAUAUAUUUAGGAUAUCUGCUAAACAUGGUACUGGUGUAGAAGAAUUAUUAAAAACAGUUAUAGAACAAAUACCACCACCAAGUGGCAGUCGAGAAAAUAUUAUGCGCACUCUUAUGAUAGACUCUGCAUAUAAUCAAUUUCGGGGUGUUAUUGCUCUUAUGUCUGUGAUAGAUGGUUCCCUGAAGAGAGGUGAUAAAAUAACAUCAAUACACAGUACCAAAGUAUAUGAAGUACAGGAUGUUGGAUAUAUGCAUCCUGAUGAAGUUCCUACUGACGCCUUAUAUGCUGGACAAGUUGGGUAUGUGCUUUGUAAUAUAAGAGAUUCUAAAGAAGCACAAUUAGGAGAUACAUAUUUUACACCAGGUACUAAGGUAGAGGCAUUACCAGGCUUUAAAUCAUCUAAACCAAUGGUAUUUGGUGGUAUAUAUCCUUCAGAUCAAUCAGAGUUUCAUAAUUUAAAAUUAGCUAUAGAGAAAUUAACAUUAAAUGAUCCGAGUGUAGCAGUACAUACAGAUAACAGUCCUGUGUUAGGUCAAGGAUUCAGACUUGGAUAUUUAGGAUUAUUACAUAUGGAUGUAUUUAGUCAACGUUUAGAACAAGAAUACAAUGCCAAUGUUAUAUCUACCAUACCUAAUGUACCUUAUAAAGUCAAAGUGCAUGGUGUUAAAAAUAUAAAGAAAUAUGGUUCAGAAGUUGUUACUAUUUUAAACCCUAUUCAUUUACCAAAUGAAAGUAUUAUAGUUGAGAUGUUGGAGCCAAUGGUAGAAGGCAAAUUAUUAUUCCCUGAUGACUAUCUUGGACAAAUUAUGGACUUGGUAAUGCAAAGUAGAGGUGAAAUACUAGAUCAGAAAUAUAUAGAUAAUAAACGUUUAUUAGCUAAAGUAAAACUUCCAUUGAAUGAAAUAUUGGUAGAUUUUUUUGAUAUGAUGAAAUCUGUUACAUCAGGUUAUGGAAGCUUUGAUUAUGAAGAUGCAGGCUAUGAAGUGUCCAAUUUAGUAAAGUUAGACUUUUUACUGAACUCAAGACCUGUAGAAGAAUUGUCUCUCAUAUGUCAUCGAUCACGAGCCAGAACUAUAGCUACCAGGGUAUGUGAGAAGUUAAAAGAUGCUAUUCCACCACAACUAUUUUUAAUAUCAGUUCAAGGUGCUGUAGGUAGUAAAAUAUUAUGCAGAGAAGAUAUUAAACCUUAUAGAAAAGAUGUUUUAGCUAAAUGUUAUGGUGGUGAUCAGAGUAGGAAAAAUAAGUUAUUAAAGAAACAAGCUGAAGGAAAGAAACAAAUGAGAAAAAUAGGUCGUGUAGAAAUUCCUAAAGACGCUUUUGUUAAAAUAUUACGUAGAUAACACUAUUAGAAUAAUAUGAACUAAUGUGUUAUAUUUAUAACUUAAACAACACCCUGCAUUAAUAGGCAGCUAGAUUGUAGUGCAUGAGUUAAAACCACUUUUAUACAAGUACAGUCUGUGAUGGUUUUCUUGAUUAGCUCAUCUCACGCUCAUAACCUUCCAGUAACAGCAGGUCAUGUUAUUAAUCCUCCAAUACUAGACAUUGUGGUGGAGUACAUGAAUGAGCAAAGUUAUAUUGGACUAGUUUAUUUAUUUUUAUAAAGACAUAAAUGUUGUGUAACAUGAAAUUACACCAUUUAGGAUGAAAAUAAGGAACUAGACUAUGCUAUGUAUUACCCGAGAUGUAUAAUAUCAUCAAUCAAAAACAAUAAUGAUUUUAAAAUGAAAUGAAUAAAGUUUAUUUCUCCCU